CCUCUAGAGUCAGUGGUGGCUUUCCUCUCAGAGCUCUGUGGUGCAGAGAAAACCCCUCUCAUCCUUCCGUCUGUAGCUGCCUCAGCAUUUCCUUCGUAAAGCCAUGAACUUAAGUUUGACGAUAUCAAAACUCCUAGUUUUUCUGUGGACGACAUGGACGCGUGCAGAGAUCCCACAGAAUAACUGCACCAACUACAAGCUGCAGUUUGAGCGGGUUUUCUCUGUUCCUGGAGAUGUGGCCAUGCUGAACAGCACCCUGGUGUCUCCGAACGUGUUCGACUACACAACUGUGCCGUACAACAUCACAUGGUACAACUUGAAAACAGGAGAAGAGAUGAGCAACCUGACCUACAAAGUCUUAGUUCUGAAGGAGACCUUGUGGUUUCUUAACGUAACACUGGAGGACGACGGGGAAUAUGUGACCAUCCUGAGAACUCCUUCUCGGUGCUACAUGCAGUCCGCUAAGCUGGUGGUGGAAAAGCGUGUUUCUGGAGAAUGUGGAAAGCCGCUGAAAGCUGAGCAGGAGCUUGAUGCUGGAGUGGCGGGCACACUGAACUGUCCCCUCAUGGAUUAUAUUAAAAAACUGAAAGGCUACAACAUUUCUUCUACAAUCACAUGGUUCAAGGACUGUGACCGCAUAUCUGAUGAAACAGAGAAGUACAAAUACAGGGGCAGGACCAAACUGAACAUUGAUGAGGUGGAUUCCAACCACAGUGGCCUUUACACCUGCACCCUCAGGUUCACUCUGGGUGGCGUUGUUGGAUCCGUGUCGGAGACCAUUCAUGCAACAGUCAAAGAUGAGGAGUAUUCUGUUCCUCAUAUAAUUGAACCAGCCAAUGAAACCAUCAAAGCACAGAAGGGGUCCAGUUUCACCAAGAAGUGCCUGGCGUUUGUGCCUAAAACCGGACAAUCGGUAGAUCCUAUUUGGUAUGUCCGAGACUUCAAAGCCAGCAACAAAACUUCAGAACGGAUCUAUGUGUCAGAGAAAAGUUCCAGGAGGUGUGAUGCCCCUGCAGGGUUGUUGGUUGAAAGGCUGCUGAUUUUCUCGGAACUGAGGGAAGACGAUUUCAACCUCAACUACACGUGUCUGGUGCAGAGCUCCAGAGUCCAACCCCCGGCGUAUUUUACUUUGAUUCCAGCCGAACCAGACGUAAUCUUUCCAGUUGGAUGUGUUUUUGGGAGUCUGAUACUUUUGUUCAUCAUAUGUGUCACGAUCUACUACACUUUUAAGAUCAGCAUUGUCCUGUGGUUCAGAGAAACUUUCAGCAUCUUUUACACAGAUAAAGAUUUGGAUGGAAAGCUGUAUGAUGCCUAUGUGGCGUAUCCACAGCCACAGGCUGCUGGGUUCAGUGAGGAAAUUGAGAAGUUCGCUCUACACACACUGCCUCAAGUGUUGGAGGAUUCUUGGGGCUACAAAGUCUUCAUUGAAGGUCGUGAUGGGCUGCUUGGCCAGUCCAUGGUGGACUCUGUGGAGGAGAACAUCCAAGCCAGUCGCUGCUUCCUCCUGCUCUACUCCGCCUCCACCUUCAUCUGCAAACAAGAAACCAACGGCACCUGCAGCAACCGCAUCUGCAAAAGCAGAGACACAGUGAACAAGACCUCAAGCCAGGCCUGUGGGGACACAAGUGAUAAAGUGUGCACAGACACCACGCAGCACUUUGAAUGUGUGGCUGCGAUGCACAGAGCACUGCUGGAAGGGUCCCUGAAGGUGGUUCUGGUUGAAUUAGAGGAGAUCUCCUCCGACCAGCUUGCUCUCCUCCCAAAGUCAGUGCAGCACCUGAGGAAGAAGCAGGGAGCUGUGUGUUUGUGGAAGACUGUGACGAAGAGCACAAGACGGAGGACGUGUUUGAGGACAGAGGAAGAUGAAGAACGAGGGAGCAAGGACUCUCAUUUGUCAGCAUCUCUCUGCCCCUCCUCCAGGUUUUGGAAGGAAAUGAGGUAUCACAUGCCAGUCAAGGGCAGGAGGCGGGAAUCCAGGGAAAACUGCUCUGUUGGUGGAGGUCAUGGAGACGUCCGGCACCCAAACCCCACGAUUCUUAAUGUUUAUAACACCAAAACCAAUUAACCAAGGAGCAAACAAAAAAUAACGUGCUGACGUGAGACAUUUGCAGAUAACAGACAAACUGCAUCUAAAAGGUGCCGCAAAAAUAAUACUUCCAAAGCUCUGCAAAGGCAAAUUUACUGGAAAUGUGUGUGUGGUUUUUGAAUUUUGUCAAUUUUUUUAUUUAUGAUUAUUCUUUUGAUUUAUAGCUAAUUUAUUGCAUUCUUCUUCUGGGGGUUUUUCGCAGCCCUGAUUCUCAAUAUGACAAAAUAAUUUGAUUGGAGUCGUUGAUAAUUCAUCUUUAAAGGAGCAACCUCAAUAAGCACUGAGAUCGAUCUCUCUCUCUCUCUCUCUCUCUCUCUCUGCAAAAGGAUUCAAAAUGUUUCUUGCCUUCUUUUUAAAUUGUAGUGGUAAAAAAUGCCACAUCAAAUCCAUUUUCAUAUUAAAUUUAGUAUGUAUAUGUUCUGAAUUAGGAGUUUGUUUCUUUAAAUUUACUGCUGCUAUAAUUUAAGCGAAAACAAAUGAAAAUAUUAUAUCAAAAAUCCAAAUCUGUGAAAACAUCAACUUAUUUACUUAUUUAAACAAAUUUCAAGUGUGAAGGCUCAGCUUCCAUCAGGCAGUGCUAUUAGGUUCAAUCUAUUUUGUACUGAGGUCAGAACAUUUCUGGACUUUUGACAAUACAAUACUUUUUAGUAUAUUUUUUCACAAAUUGUUUUAUGUUUGAUCACUAAAUAACGUUUUCUGUGUUGAAUUGUGUGCCUUCGUGUGUGCAUGCAUCCUCUGGACCUGCAUCCAUGGUUUGUUCUUUUUGCAGAGCCAGGUUUCACUUUUUGUCAGAGCUGUGCAGUUGACCUCAUUUACCUUUUAGUGGUUAUUGUUUUCAUUCCUCUUCAAAACCUGUGUAACCUCUUGAACAUUAACCAGCUUCAUUGAAAUAAAGUGAUGAUACCUGGAGUGCAAA